AUGCCUACCGACUCUGCUUACGACAGCUUUGAUCUACCCAAUGUCGAUCUAUGGGAGUUCAUGUUCGACUCGCCUCGUGAUGGGCAGUUUCCGGAGGACAAAGUUAUAUACCGAGCAGUCGAUAACAGCCGACAUUAUACCUGGGCCGAUGUGAGAUCGACCGCCGCAGCCUUCGGUAGCGCUCUCGUGGAACGGUGGCAAUGGCAAAAAGGUGACGUGAUGUGCGUCUUCUCGCCCAACGAUGUCGAUUACGGCCCAUGCAUCUACGGAACUCUAUGGGCGGGAGGCAUCAUUGCUCCGGCCAAUCCGGGCUACAACGCAAAGGAUCUAGCCUUUAUGCUCAAGAACGCUGGUGCUAAGGCGAUAGUGACUCAGAAGCCGCUGCUGAAGGUUGCUCUCGAAGCUGCGAAGCUUGCUGGCAUCAAAGAGAGUAGCAUCAUCUUGAUAGGCGACGAUGGCGCUGGCAAUACUGAUGCUACUCACUUCAAGAACUUGCUAAAGCAGACGAAGCGAAGCAGGCCAUAUAAGCUGGAUUCUGAUAAUGACCUGGCUUUCCUCGCGUAUAGCUCUGGGACCACUGGCUUGCCCAAGGGUGUUAUGCUAAGCCACCGUAACAUCAUUGCCGAUGUUCUGGGUAUCAAAAGUAUUGUGGGCGAGAACUACAAUUGGAGGAACGAUAAGAUUCUCGCCAUCUUGCCAUUCUUCCACAUUUACGGUUGGUCUUACCCGAUCCUGGCAUAG